AACUCUUUGGUUUAAAUUGGUUUACACUUUACAUUUAAUUUUAUAUCAUUUUAUAUGUUUUUCCAAUUUCCAAAACUUUCCAAAAUAACCAUAAAACUAGUUUCUUUCAUUUGAUUGGUAUAUUUUAAAAGUUUCAAAAUAUUUGGAAAAAUGUCUAAGAUGCAUGAAAAUAUAAACAAUUCAGACUUAGAACAAGAUAAUGAAAGAGUGGCUAUCAGGAAUGAGUUAUCAAGUUUAUCCUUCGAAGAUCUUCAGAAACUUAAAGAGAAAAUUGGCGCAAAAGUGUACAAAGAAGUUAUUUUUGGUAAGAAACAAGCUGGGAGUCAUGAGGCAAAAACAUUCAAGAGAGAAAAUAAAAACAGACCUCGAGAAAUGAGCUCUAAAAAACCUGUGCCAAUGUUUCAAAAUGUUUCUGUACCUUUAAAGAAACAAGAGAUUAGAGAUCCAAGAUUUGAUCCACUUUGUGGUACUUUCGAUAAGAAAGAAUUUGCUGAGAACUACAAUUUUCUAGCCAAUGUCCGCAUAAAUGACAUCAAAGCCAUAAAAAGUGAGUUGAAACAGACGACAGAUCCUGAGAAGGAGCAGAGUCUGCGUCGCUUACUGCAGCGGCUCAAUGAACAACAAAAGGAUGUUAAAAGGCAGAAGUUAGAAAGGGAGAAAAGACACAUGCAAAAGAAUGAAGUUGAAACAGAGUUCAGAGAGGGGAAACAGCCUCAUUUCAAAAAUAAAUCGGAGGUACGUGUCGAGUCUCUCGUGAAGCAGUAUGAAGAGCUGAAGAAACAAGGAACCGGCCGUUUGCAGAGGCAUCUGAAACGCCGCCAGCAAAAAAUUAAAAAGCGUUCCUUUAAAACUCCUGUAAAUGCUAAUUAAUAAAAUCCAUGGUUUUAAACGCA